UUUGGGCACCCGGGCAGUAUCCCAACUCACACACAAAUCAAAUGAUCAUUACUACUGAGAAAAUUCUUCUUGUUUCAACUCUUAUUCAGACAAAUCAUAUUCACGAUCAUUUGAUAACAUUCAUUUUUAUUUUUUCAACUUGUACAGCAGCUCAUAUAUGAUGGAAACUCUGUCCUAUCUAAACGAUCUCAUGUCACUGACUGGUCGACAAUUAAAUGCUACCACCGACUACGAAUACUGAACCAGUCUUUUUGAAACCACGUAUACCAUUCAACGUUCGCACACUAAUACAGAUCGGACAUGUAGGGUUGGUUAUGUCUUUAGAAAGUCUUAACAUCGAUGUCUGUUAUCUGUCUGAAGCCUGUAUUCAAGACUCGAGUGAAUUACAACAGAUUGGCUCUCCAUCUGUCGCUUCGAAAAGCCUGUUUCACGUGCGUCUAUCCGGGGACCCUAUGGCAUUUUCGUUUAGUUUUGCUGAGGUUGGUGUCACACUGACCACUAGAGCUGAGUCAACGCUAAUCGAUUGGAUCUCCAUUAACAGUGGAUUAUGUGCUGUUAGAUUAGAAAGCUACGUCAAAGUGAGAAAGAAUUUAUGGGGGAAACGAUAUAUUUUCGUCAGAUUGCAGCCCGAAUGCGAUCAAGGAUGCAUCUUACCACCAGUCAACAGUUCUACAGGAAGUGCGUUCGAUAGGUACUGGUACGGCCGAGGGUGGGCAAAGUUAGCUUUCCCUGUUGAAAUGCUCUCGCACGGCCACUGCCAGAGAAGUCCUACUGACUGCCUUCUCGCGGCGGUUUCCGAAGUCGGGAGGACGAAAAGCAAAUGUCUGGCGCCCUAACCGGGUUGGUAGAUAUGGAGGAUCCCCCUAGGGGAGUUGGGAAACUCUGAUUCCAAACAAUGGUGCACAUGUGAUCCUGAGGGAACAAAUGGCGAAUGUACCCAUGUUCGGUCACCGGUUACCAUCGUACUACAUCUCCUGACGUUGCUCCACUGCCUAGUGGAUCAGACCUUUAGGUCGAAGGCUCGGGGUGUGGCCCCCAAAGAAACACAUUUACUUCGGUCUAGGUACCCGGGCAGUAUCACAGUCCACACACAAAUCAAGUGACUUGCGCGGCAUAUAUGUAUUCGGUGCCCCUUCGUACCAAUAUUUGUGUUCAAAUAAAUAAAUAAAAGUAAUAGCCGAGGACAUGUUUGCUCAGGUUGGACGUCUAGGCAUAGGAGAGAGUCGUUUAGGUGGUCGAUGGCGACUUGUUGGUUGCAGAUCAGAUAACGGUGACCGUCUAUUGCAACUAUUCGUAGACCGUAACCUGUUUCUGGCUAGCACUAA